AUGGAUUGGAAAACGGCGGCCCUGCCUCUAACGUCGGCUGGCGAGGAGCAAAAAGUGGGCGCCGUGGCGGCCUCUAUCUCGCUAUUUGUCGUAUCAAGUGGUCCAUUUGAUUUUCGCCGCCGCUUCAAACGGGCCGCGCCGCACGGUAGCCGCGCCACGGCCACUUACGCCCGUGUGGGAAAUAGUGAUGCGCCGACACAGCUCUGUCGAUUUUUACUUGAGAUGUACAGUUUGCACACAUACAAGUUGGAAGGUCUGACAGCAGAACUGUUCUACGUUCGAGACGGGCAGAUCAACUUCUACGCGCUGAACUUUGUGGUGCCGGUACCGGCGACCAUUAGCGAGCUGCACUUCACGUGGCAAAGCCUGACCAGGCGACCGUUGCCGUAUACACUUCACGUUGACGUCGCAUCAGAGCCGGAGGCGAUGCACCCACCGACGUUCAACAUAUCGAGCGAAGGCUACGUGCCCACCGAGACGCAGACGUGGCGGGUCGACUUGCCGUGCAUGGGCACCGUCGCCGCUGAGGUCAACAUCACCAUAUCCCUGAACAUCACGACCGGUUCCACGUCGACUGUACUGAACUUCAGACGGCGCAAGAUCUGUCUCAAAGAGGCGCCGAGGCCGGCGGUGAGGGUCGACAGCGUACCGCAAGCCCCCACCUCGGCCGAUAUAUUCUACGCGGGGGCCGGUUGCGCUGGCGGGGUGCUGCUGAUUGCCGCACUGGCCACGGUGUUCUGUAGAGCUCGAGCGCGGAAGCUGCGCAGGGCGAGGAGCGACGAGCAAGACGCCCACGCCUUCCUCCCAGACUCCUCUUGCAAGUCCGCCGCCAGCUACACGAGCUACCGCCGCCCCACUUCCCUCCCGGCGGUGGCAGCGGAAGAGAGGGCGAGGGACCUGCAACAGAGGAUCGCCGAGUUGACGAUACAGAGGUGCCGCGUUAGACUACGCGCGGUGGCAAUGGAGGGCACUUUUGGCCGGGUGUACAAAGGCACGUACGCCGACGAGGACGGAAGAGAGCAAGAGGUGUUGGUCAAGACCGUAGCGGAACACGCUUCCCAAGUGCAGGUAUCGUUGUUGCUGCAAGAAGGCUGCAUGCUUUACGGGCUUCAUCACGAGAAGGUGUUGUCGGUUCUCGGCGUAAGCAUCGAGGACCAAACUGCACCGUUCCUACUGUACCCUUGGAACAGCGGUUGGAGGAAUCUGAAACAGUUCCUCCUCGCUUGCCGCGGUGUGACGGUGGGGGGCGCUGUUGGGGGCGUUCAACCUCCCCCCCUCACCACUCAGCACGUCGUUCGGAUGGCCCUUCACGCGCUGGACGGGCUCGCGUAUUUACAUUCCCAGCACGUAUUACAUAAGGACAUCGCUGCUAGAAACUGCAUUGUGGACGAAAAUCUCCGCGUGAUGAUAGCCGACAACGCCCUCUCGCGAGACCUGUUCCCGGCCGAUUACCACUGCUUGGGUGACAACGAGAACAGGCCGAUCAAGUGGCUGGCGCUGGAGUCGUUGUCCAAGAGGCUGUUCAGCCCGGCGGCGGACGUGUGGGCGUUGGGGGUACUUCUGUGGGAGCUGACCACGUUGGCCCACCAGCCUUAUGCCGAAGUAGACCCCUUCGAGGUGGCCGCCUAUUUGAGGGACGGCUAUCGGUUACAGCAGCCUGCCAACUGCCCCGACGAGCUGUUCGCCGUGAUGGCGUACUGCUGGGCGAUGUCGCCCGACGACCGGCCAACGCUGCCCCAACUGCAGACCUUCCUGCGCGAUUUCCACACGCAGCUGACGCGAUUCGUG